AUGACAACAAAACCAAGCACUAAACUUUAUAUUGAAUGGCUUAGUUAGCCAUCUAGAGCUAUUGUAACUUUUUGCUUAAUUGAAAAUAUUCCUCAUGAGUUGGUAGAAGUUAGAAUUAAAAAGUUAGAAAACAGAACUCCAGAAUAUAAAAAAAUGUUCCCCACUGCUAAGUUGCCUGGAAUGUCUGAAACUCUUGAAAACGGCGAAUAAUUUAAUUUAUUUGAAAGCCAUGCAAUCAUGAGAUACUUAGCAGACAGAUAUAACAAAUCUAAUCUUUAUCCAAGAGGAAAUAUUUAGCUAAAGGCUAAAGUUGAUUCUUACUUAGAUUGGCAUCAUACAAAUACAAGAAAAUGCGCUCCUUAUCUUUUUGAUCAAUACUUCGCUCCUGUUUUAGGUAUUAAGCCUUAAUUUGAUGUGAACACAUUAUUUAAAGAAGUUGAAAGUGUUUUCAGGUUUAUUGAGAGGGUUUGGUUAGAUCAAGGAAAGAAUAAAUAUAUAGGUAAUAACUAACAGUUAACAAUAGCUGACUUAUCAUGCUAUUCUGAGAUUAUUUAAAUGAAAUUUGAUGAUUAUGAUUUCAAAAACAAGACUCCUAUUUUAUAUGAAUGGAUGUAGAGAAUAGAAGCUCUUCCAGAAAUAUAAAAAACUCAUCAAGUUUUAUUUAAGUUAGCUCCUUAAAUUUCUAAGAACAAAUAAAAAGCAAAAUUAUGA